UGACUUUUUGACAGGGAAGCCACAAGAGCGGUCAUGCAACCCUCCCCAACGAUAUGUUUCGGGGGCCCAUGGCAGCCGGCAGAGAGGUAAAUCACUGUGGAGCAGGAGGGACGGGGCAAGACCCGGCUGGUGGCUCCUACUCUGCACCGGGCUCAGCCGCUAGGGCUGGGGAGGACAGGACUUCCUCUUCCCAUGUACAGCGUCUGGAGCCGGGCGAGAUCCACCCCCAGAUUUUUCCCACGGCUGAAGGAAGCUCUGCAAACUCACACCCCAUCUCACCCCCUGCUUUCUGCCCCUAUCGCUCCUCAGCUGUACGGGGACAGAUCCCUAUACAGGUAGUUGCUCCCCCAUUCACCCAACCCCCGUGCGUCUAUAUCCCUUCAUACCCAGACCCUCCUGUCAAGCCUCACCCCCCCACACUCAGAAACCCCACCCAUGAACCCCACUCCUGGACCACCCAGACAAGCCACCCGCACCCAGAUUCCCCUUCCCACCAAGUCCCAACCAGCUGCAUCUGGACCCCUGCCAGUGUGCCCCCCACACCCAUACCCCCCUGCCGAGCUCUAUACCCUUCCCCACUGAGCCCCAACCACCUUCACCUGGACCUCUGCAGAGUCCCAUUACCGUUGCACCCAGAACCCCGCAACAAGCCCCUGUGCAUCCAGACCCCCCCUGCACCUGAUCCUGAGCUGCCUGCACCCAGAUUGCCCCACACAGAACCCUCUAAACCCCCACCUCAAUCCCUCCACGCUUGGAUCCUGCCCUGCUGAGUCUCCCUGACCACACCUGGUGCACCUGGCACAGAGGGGCGGGGCUCUAGAGUGUUUCUGGGACAGGCCCAGUCCUUGCGGUGUAACGAGGUAGGGUGCAACCUCACUGCUGAGUCCAUGUCUGUGGGGGAGCUGCACGGUGAUCUCCCACAUCUCUGCAGCCAGUGGCUUGUGCUCCCCAAUGCCAUGCUGGAGCUUCCAAAUUUAUUUGAUAAAUAAAAUUUGCAGAAUUUUAAAAUAUUGCAUGCAGAUUUUUUUUUUUUUUUUUUUUUUUUUUGUGGAGCAUUCUUAAUUUUUGCGCAGAGUACUCUCAGGAGUAACUGAAGUGCUACAGCAGCGGUUCAGCAUUUCACUUGUAGACAAACUUAGGGUAGAGGGAAGAGACAAACACUUGGGAUAAGUUCAAAUUUUGUUUAAUAUACAGUUAGUGCAAAAAUGUUACAACUAGAGCUGGUCAAAAACUUUUUUUGUGAAAAAGUUUUGUGUUUUUUUUCAGCCAGCUGUAAUGAUAAUAAGCCACUCAAGUGUUAUGUUUUAAAUAAAAUGGAUCUGAUUGUAGAUGGUAGGAUGAAAGAGAAAAGCAGUCUGAAAUUUGCAUAAGUCACUAAAACCAGAAAGCACUAGAGCUGUUCAAAAAAGAGUCAGUAGUCAGCACCCGGAUAACUUAGGGUCUUGUGCUUUAAGAAUGAAAAAAAUUUCAGUAGUAAUUUAAUAAAUGCCUAGGGUUGGUACUGUCAAUAUUCCAUUAGUACUGCUAAUAUCCUGCUAUCUUACAUUCUUCUCCAUUGUGAGGGAUUUGUUUCUUACUCACCAUUUUUUUUAAUAUGUUGAUCCUCAUUUUGUUGAACUCAGCAAGUCCAACAUAUUUGUGAAGUGAACCCUGAUUUGCCUGCUUUAUACACGUUUUGAGGCUUGAUUGAUUACAGUUUAUAAAACAUCUGUUUCCCCUCAAUCCCAAUUCAAGUUCUGCGGCAAGCAACCUUGAACUUCAGAGUCUUUAGUUUUCUCUUUGGAAUAUGCUGGUGUCUUUCCUGCAGGCUCUAUGCAGAAUGUUGCAGUUGAAUAUAUGAUUUAUCUCUUGCACACCUCAAAUGUAUAUGUAGUCCAAAUACAAAAAAGUCUGUAUUUCCUAAAAUUAUUUACAUUUUGAGGCAUGUACAGUUUGACACUUUGGGGGGGUGAGACAAUAGUCUCUCACCAGUAUCUAAGAAGUGCAUCUGUCCUUAUGCUAUGUGUUCUGUCUUAAGAAUUUGAACUUAGAAAAUUAAUGUUUUUCUUCUUUUAAGCUCCAGUCAUGCUCUGAAAACUGCAAGGACUCAUAGAUCUGCCUGCAUGGUUCUCCAUGCAGGACUAGAAAAUACUUAAGCAAACGUGCUAUUUUUUAAGAGUAUAAGCGCCUAUAAUAUUUUUUUGCAGAGGUGAAUAAAACAAUCUGACUUUUGUGGAAGAAACUUCUUCAGUUGUACAUUAUAAACAGUACUAGCAAUUAAUGCUCGUGCAGAAGUUGCAGGAUAUAGAUAACUAUUGUAACUCAAGAGAGAUGCUUUGGUGGUUGAGUGAUACCUUUCUGCUCAGAAAGGUCCUUUCUUUCUUAUAUGGGGAAGUUUUGGCUCCUCGCUAAAUCAGUCAUGGUUUUAACUUCAUUAUUCUUUUGUUUGUGAGUGGGGCAGGGAGACGAUGUAUGCCAAGGUCAUACCACAUCUAUCCAUUAAUAAUGCUUUUUUCUAGGUGAUGGAAAAAAUCUCUAUGAUGUGACAGUUAAGAAGCAGUCAUGUCAACUCUCUGUCCACCUCCUUCUCCUGCAGUUGCCAAGACAGAGAUCUCAUUGAAUGGGGACUCACCAUUACUAGCUGCUACUUUUGCCUACUGGGACAAUAUUCUUGGACCUAGAGUCAGACACAUCUGGGCCCCAAAGACAGAACAGAUGCUUCUCAGUGAUGGAGAAAUAACUUUUCUUGCAAAUCACACAUUGAAUGGGGAAAUUCUUAGGAAUGCAGAGAGUGGAGCAAUAGAUGUGAAGUUUUUUGUCUUGGCAGAAAAAGGAGUAAUUAUUGUGUCAUUAAUCUUUGAUGGAAACUGGAAUGGGGACAGAAGUACUUAUGGACUAUCAAUUAUACUUCCACAAAGUGAACUUGGCUUCUAUCUUCCUCUUCACAGAGUGUGUGUUGAUAGGUUAACGAAUAUUAUAAGGAAAGGAAGAAUAUGGAUGCAUAAGGAGAGGCAAGAACAUUUCCAGAAGAUUGUCUUGGAAAGCACGGAGAGAAUGGAGGAUCAGGGCCAAAGCAUCAUUCCAAUGCUGACAGGAGAAGUUAUUCCUGUAAUGGAACUUCUUUCAUCUAUGAAAUCCCACAGUGUUCCAGAAAAAAUAGAUAUAAGUGACACAGUGUUAAAUGAUGAUGACAUUGGGGACAGUUGCCAUGAAGGUUUUCUCCUCAAUGCCAUCAGUUCACACCUACAGACUUGUGGUUGCUCUGUGGUUGUAGGUAGCAGUGCAGAGAAAGUUAAUAAGAUAGUGAGGACAUUGUGUCUGUUUCUUAUUCCAUCAGAACGGAAGUGUUCCAGACUCUGUAGAAAUGAAUCUUCCUUCAAAUAUGAAUCAGGACUCUUUGUACAAGGAUUGCUCAAGGAUGCAACUGGAAGCUUUGUGUUGCCCUACCGUCAAGUAAUGUAUGCUCCAUAUCCUACUACACAUAUAGAUGUGGAUGUCAACACAGUGAAGCAGAUGCCUCCUUGCCAUGAACAUAUCUAUAACCAACGGCGAUACAUGAGGUCCGAGCUGGCAGCGUUUUGGAGAGCCAAUUCAGAUGAAGAGAUGGCUCAGGAUAUCGCUAUCCACACAGAUGAAAGCUUCACUCCUGAUUUGAAUGUUUUUCAAGAUGUCCUGCAUCGUGAUACGUUAGUAAAAGCCUUCCUGGAGCAGGUCUUUCAUUUGAAACCUGGCUUGUCUCUGAGGAGUACUUUCCUUGCCCAGUUUCUGCUAGUCCUUCAUAGAAAAGCCUUAACUCUCAUAAAGUACAUAGAGGAUGAUACGCAGAAAGGAAAAAAGCCUUUCAAGUCUCUCCGUAGCUUAAAAAUAGACCUUGACUUAACAGCAGAGGGCGAUCUUAACAUAAUAAUGGCUUUAGCUGAGAAGAUCAAACCUGGUCUACAUUCCUUUAUCUUUGGGAGACCCUUCUACACUAGUGUACAAGAACGUGAUGUACUAAUGACAUUUUAAAGAUCCUGUACGCUGCUGAAAGCUAGUAAUGUAAACACCAUUUUUCCCUUUUUGAUAAGCACAGUCUUGCACUCUAAUGCAGUGACUGAAAGCAAGUUACACUACAAUACAGUAAAAGUGGGGAGGGAGCAUUAUUAGAGGGAAAGUCACUUCAGUUAGGGAAGCAUACUUCAAAAGAGCUCUUUUUUGUUGUUUACAGUGAAAGUAAAUAUUGCAGUAGUUUCAGUGAUAUUUUGGGUUUGUUGUGUAAACUUUGCCACAGUUGUGGCUUAAACUGAUUUAAAGGGAGGCUUUUGUAUUGAUUGUUUAGAGAGAUCACACAACUUCCCCACCAUUUCCCUUCAAUUUUGUGUCCCUCCUUAUCCUGCUAUCAGUAUUUCCCAGUGUUGUCAUGGAAAACCGUACUACUUGUCCUCUCCAUUAUGGAGGGGACUGCCUUUUGUGAAACAGAAACUGGAAGGACAGAUUUAACUCUUUUUUUUGUUCUGUCGUCUUUCCUAUGUGUGGGGCUAGCAUGAAAAACACCUUCCCUGCUCCCAAUUCCAACUUCACCAGAAACAUUUGUGCUACUUCAUGUGAUGCAUUUAAAGGGAUAUUAAAAAGAAACUAAAGAUAAGAGUACUGUACAGCAUGAUCCUUGGGAGCCAGAGUGCUGCCUUUUAGUGGAUUGUAAAGUCAAACUGAUCUGUAGAAUGCUGCUUUUAUAACGGGGUCAUCAUUUAAGCUGCUUUGCGUGUAUAAGUGCCAACCAGGAUAUUCUGUCACUGACUAUGUUGAACCAUCAUGCAUUUCAGCGUUCAAUGACCCAACAUAAUUGAACUCUUUGAGAAAACAAAACAGGAAAAUUAGGUUUUACACUUGGAUAGCCAUUGCCAACCUUUCUUUUUAUAAUCUGCUCCUAUUUUUUUUAUGAAUAAGAACAAGGGCCACAUUAAAACACUCGACCACCUGUGCCUUUGUUCUUUUUGGAAAUAACCCAUGAGAUAUAGCCAAACUUCAAGAUAGACACUUUCUUUUCAUGUUACCUUUGUCAUAUAUUCAGCAUAACUUCAUUAAGAAAUUAAUGUGGCUGUUAAAUAAUAGGAAUAACAGUGUUGAUGGAAAAACAAACUCUGGUUCAGUGAGAUGCUAAUCUCCCUCUUCCACGCCAACACGCUCACCUCUCAGUCCACUUGUUUUGCUUUGCAUAGAGAAGAUAAAGAACAGCAGAAAGUCAGGAAAUGUAUUUUACCUGUUUUCACAGCAUUUCUUACUUGAAUCGUCUGAGUUGUUGGAUGUAUUUUUCAGAUUCCGCAGAAGCUUUUCAGGUUUUGCCAUUGGGCUACUUGAUGUACUAUGCUAAGUGAUGCAUCUGUUUUGCGUGCUGCUAUCUAUCUGUCUUCUCCCUUUUCCUUUCUCCACUUCUCCCUUUUCCUUUCUCCACCCCUUGGGGGGAAAAAAAAAAAAGCCAGGAAUCUACUUCUGUAAAUGUAGUGUGUUAGUGAUAUUCCAUGAUUAGAGAUUCCUUGCCAAAGAACUAUGUUGGUAACUGGAGAUCUAGGCAAAGCCAUUGUUGCUUUACUAUUUGUUAUAACUUUUUUUUUUUAAGGAUGGGUUUGGUCUGUGAACUACUCAUUUUCUAACUCAGUUUCAUUAGUUGAGACAUAAGACAUAACACUUCAGUAUAAUUGAUUUUUCUAAAAUAUCCUCCUUUCUGACCUUAAAAGGGAUACUGUCAAAUAGCUAAUGUCCAAAAUGUGGUUGUCAUUUUCUUAUAGGAAAAUGUAUUCUACAGUCUAAAUAUUUAGGACUUUUAAUUGGGGGGAAAAAAGUAAGGUAUGCCAUUGUGUACCUAAUACAUAUGUGCAGUUACUACAAUUUCAUAUGAAAAUAAGCAGGUUACACAUGUGAAUGGCCAUAACUUGCUGUGUGCAUGCAUAGUUACCUUAUUACAUGCAUAAUUACUCUCUCAAAUUCAAUUUUGUCUUUAAAAAAAAUUUAAAGCCAAUCUUAAAAAUAAAAGUAUAAUACACUUUUUUGUAGAGUCCCUGCAAAAUGUCUCAUGCUCUUGGGCUUCCUUCUGCCAGCUUCUCAUCAGAAAAACUAUUGUUAGAAUUAUGCUGACUUAACCCAUUGAUACAGAGACCAUUUGAAUGUGUCACCAAUUUAUCUUUAUACAUUUUAAAUCAGUUUGCCUAUUAGAAAAUGGCAUAAUUCAUAAAAUAUUUUUACUGCUUGGCUUCUCAGAUGGCAUUAAGAACUAAAAGUAGAUGACGGUACAUUUCUGAAAUGGAAAUAAAGUGCUAAAGUUCAAUUGACUUUAGGCACAGUGCUGGAAUUAUUGUAGCUUUGAAAACUUAAUACUGACACUACUAACAGCUACACUCUGUUUACUGAAAACAUUUUUGUGCAUUUUCACUUUGAAACAGCUAACUGCUGGAACUCAUUCAAAUGCUAGUUUUGUUGCACUAUUGUCAUGGAUGCGGACUGUACAGUGAAUAAAUUAUUAAUGCGUUUGCA